GCCUCCACUGCACUCUCCACUCCGCCCACUUCCUAGCCCUCUGCUGCACACACAGCUCGAGCGCACCUUCUGCGUCUGUCCUCGCGCUCUGUCACUGCAGCCUCGUCCCGUUCUCCACACCGGCUGCCUUUUCCAGGCAUGGCAGACGGCUUCACACCAUCAUGGCAGUGCGACAUUACACCAUUGACUUCAAGCUCUGUGGGCCAGCUGACCACGCUGCAACUGUGCGUGGCCUGCAGUCUAUAUUUCAAGAGCAGGAAAUGACAGAGACUGUCCAUGACACAGAGGGACAUGGAUACUUGGCCACCUUCAUUGGCAAAAAUGGCAGGUUUGCUGUCAUGCGAGUGCACUCUCAUGGUCUGGUGACUUUUGACCUGCAGUGUUGUAAAGGGGAUGAUCAAGCACAAGUGGACAAUCUACUGAAUGCACUGGAGAAGAAACUGAGAACUCUACUGAGUGGAAAAAUCCAAAGGGUCAAGAGGCUCCCCGCACUGCGACGAGGGGAAGAGAUAGACAGGUACUGGCCGACAGCUGAUGGCAGGCUUGUAGAGUAUGACAUUGAUGAAAUUGUGUAUGAGAAGGAAUCUGAAUACCAGAACAUCAAAAUCCUGCACUCACAACAGUUUGGCAAUAUCCUCAUCCUCAAUGGGGACGUUAAUCUAGCAGAGAGCGAUUUGCCAUACACACAGGCCAUUAUGGGUAGUGGCAAGGAACACUAUGCUGGGAAGGAGGUGCUGAUCCUUGGUGGAGGAGAUGGAGGCAUCCUCAAUGAAGCAGUGAAGCUUAAACCAAAGAUGAUCACCAUGCUGUAAAUUGACCAGCUGGUGAUUGACGGAUGUCGGAAGCACAUGAGGAAGACUUGUGGGAAUGUUCUGGAUAACUUGAAAGGGGACUGCUAUGAGGUUUUGGUACAGGACUGUGUUCCAGUUCUUAAAAAGUAUGCAGAGGAGGGAAGGACGUUUGAUUACGUCAUAAAUGACCUAACGGCAGUCCCUAUCUCUACAGCACCUGAAGAAGAGUCAACAUGGGAAUUCCUGAGGCUCAUUCUUGACUUGUCAAUCAAAGUUCUUCGACCUAGUGGGAAGUACUUCACUCAGGGUAACUGUGUGAAUCUCAGUGAGGCGCUUAGUGAGUAUGAGGAGCUGCUGGGAAGGCUUUCAUGCAAAGUGGACUUCUCCAAAGAAGUGGUGUGUGUUCCUUCCUAUAUGGAGCUGUGGGUGUUCUACACCAUCUGGAAGAAGUAAUGCCCCUACCCCUCCGAGCCCAGCCUGCCGGAAUGUGAAGACUCACCCUCCGAUGCACUGAGGGGAGACAUGCACGCAUCUCUCCAUGCACUGUUUUUACUGUCCCUCCAUGCCCCCAAAAAUCCUUUUUUUAGACACCUUUUCUUAUUUUAUGUUUGUGAUCACACAGAGAUUGUAUUUUCGUUUUUGUGGCUUCGUUCGAUUGUUGGGUUGCUCUGCUCUGGCCCUCCAGGGAGCGCUGUGGUGGUGCAGUGUGUGAGUGGUACGCUGCUGAUGACACUGAAGCCUGGAGGGUGACUCAGCGUCCUUUCUGCCUCCCACCCCUGAAGACGAGCUGUUUCAGAGGCAGGAAAAUUGAAAACUGCAGACAACCACCUUCUGGAUUCUGAUUUUAUGCUAUAUGGUGUGUUUUACUGUAGCUCCGCUGAUGUUUUUGAGUUUUGAUAUUUUAGCUUCCUUUUGUUUCUGUGGCUUGAGUGUGAUAUGCCCCACAGGAACAUUAAUAACAGUGUUGCAUUCUGGGUUGCUGGGAUUGCACCAGAAUGAUCCUUUCUAUGCGAGCAGAAGCGUCUGAAUAUGUUUUAAAAGGGAAAAAAGUUCCUGCAGCGGCAGAUAUAAUGCUUGUUUUAUUUUGCUGAACUGUGAAUGUUUUUUUUUUAUAUAAUUAGAGCAUUCAGAUGUUUUUACUUUCCGUUUGAGUUUUCUAUGACCGACGCAUGUGCUUGAAGGAAAGAGGUUUUUACUGAAUGUAGUUCACACAUAUUUACAUUCAUGCCUUUGAACCAAAAGGUGCUUCGUUGAUAUUAUUUAUUUGAUUUUAUUUUACCAAAUGCCUGUAAUCCCGCCCUAAAAAAACCUUCUGUUCAUGAGAGUGGUAAACAACUAUUAAAAUGACCUGGAGAGAAAAAA